AUGGCCUUUGGUCUUCAUCCUCACUUUCUCUCUCUUUGCCCUCUCUCUCCGCCGUCAACUGCCUCACCUCCACCCACUACUCCGCCAGAAAAAAGACCUGGCCGCCACCACCUUCGUAGCCCAGACCUUCCCCGCCGUCACCGUCACGCCUGCCGCCGGAAUUGGCCUUGUUUUCAUAGAUUCUUCGCCAACCUCGUUCUCUCCUCCGGCCACCAAUUCCGACACCUGAGUGCGUGUGGUGGCACGUGGGUUAUUGUAGCAGUGGGGCAUUGGAUCCCAGUGCAAUCCCCUAGUUGUCACGAACGCGUAGGAUCGUGUAGGAUUCAACGGAUAGUGAGUCAGACUCCCGGAUACUCCGAAAUCGCAAACCCUAGGUGCCGGCGUCAUCAGCGUCAUCAGUGGCGCAGCCUGUUAGGGCUAGGCGUCGUCACCGGCUCGCUAGCACCACCGACACCACAUCGACAGACGCUACAGUUGAAGAUGGCGAAGGUCACCCGGGUGACCAACAGUCGUAUCAACAUCGGAUACGACGAGCUGCAUCGGGCUGCACCGACGGCGAAGUUGCAUAGCUCAUUGGUCCACGACAUUGGUCACGUCGUUCAGACCCAUUGCCUGAUGCAAUGGAAGUCUUGGAAGGUCAUGCCUGCCGAGAUCCAGAAAGAGGUGCGCGGACAGUUGUCGAAGAACUACAACUUAGAGGACCUCGAUGAUGAGUCGUUGGCGUACGCAUUUGAUGAUCCGCAUGUCGCUUUUCAAAAGGGUUGCCCGAAGGAGCUUGAGGGGCAGGAGGAUAGUUGGGCAUGGCUCUGCACUCAUUUUCAGGCACCCGAUUAUGUGAAUAAAGCCAAAGUCAAUAAGGGCAAUAGGAACAAGAAGACUCUUCUCCACCAUUCAAGGGACAUCUUUGGCGACAUUUAUGUUCGACCUGGGAAUGAGUUGGCCGAGUCCCUUCAUACGACGAUGGUGGAGAUGAGCCAGUUGGUUCUUCAAGAGUCCGCCUCCCAACUUCUUCCUGAUACUCCAAUCGAGUCUGUGGAUCCUCCACAGGAUGCUGGGUUUCAAAUCUUGACGGAAACGUUGGAUCAGACUCUUGGGAGGAGGUCGGGGACAUAUUGUCGAGGGAUGGGGAACGCCCGGCAGAGGGAACGUAAACCCCGUUCAUCGUUGCAGUCAAACAGUCAGGUGACUACUUUGAUAGCAAAGGUGGCCGAGCUUCAGGGUCAGAUGUCUAUGCUUCUGGAGUCCCUCGAGCGGUCCGGCUUUCUAGUCCAGCAUUUUGGUCCCUCGUCGACCUCCGAGCCCUUCCACCCCGAGCAUGCCCACCAGACCUCUACCCCUAUGGACCCCCAGACCUCCGAGCCGCAUAUGCCUAACGACCAAGUAGAUUUUGGAACAUUAUUUGAUUAG